GGGGCAGAAUGCUGUGAGGGUGCUGCAAAGGGCACCAGGUGCCAGCGGGAUCUGGACAGGAUCCUGUUGCGUUGAUCUCACCCCUCUUAGGAAAGCAAGUUAUUUUUUGAUUCACUCCGGAACGCUGAAGUCCUGCAGGGGAUGGAGGGGAAUACCAGCGCUGAAGGCACAGAGGGCCGGCACAGGAGCACCCAACAGAAGGUGGAAAAUAAGCAUGAGGAGAAGGUCCAGGAUCCUAACAGAGAGGGGGACAAGACUGAGGCAGAGAUGGGGAGCAAAACGUGGGCAGACCUGGCUGGGGAGAUGAAGACGUUCCUGUGGAACCCAGAGGAGAGAACUUGCCUGGGGAGAACGGCCAAGAGCUGGGGUUUGAUCUUACUGUUUUACUUCGUUUUCUACACGUGCCUGGCCGGAAUGUUUGCCUUCUGCAUGUACGUGAUGCUGCUCACGCUGAGCCCCUACACGCCCAGGUACCGGGACCGCGUGUCUCCACCAGGAGUAAUGAUCAGACCGUACUUGAAUGGGUUCACCAUCGCCUUCAACGUCUCUCAGCCCAGCACGUGGCAGCCGUACGUGGACAGCAUGCACCACUUCCUAGCAGCCUAUGAUGACAAAGUCCAAGAGGAGAAGAAUAUCAAGUGCACCUCAGGACGGUACUUCAUCCAAGGGGGCAAUGAAAGCGAGAAGAAGAAGGCCUGCCAGUUCAAGCGCUCACUGCUGCAGAACUGCUCUGGCAUUGAGGACCCAACAUUUGGCUACUCCAGAGGCCAGCCCUGCAUCCUGCUGAAGAUGAACCGGAUCAUAGGCUACCGCCCUGGUGCUGGGGUCCCCGUGAGCGUGGACUGCAAAGUGCAGAAAGGCAACGAGAGUGAUCUCAGAUCAGUGGACUUCUACCCUGGAAACGGGACGUUUGAUCUCAUGUAUUAUCCCUACUAUGGCAAGAUCACUCAUGUCAACUAUACGUCCCCACUGGUGGCUAUGCACUUUACAGAUGUAAAGAAGAAUUAUUUGGUUCCUAUCCAGUGCAGUCUGAAUGGGAAAGGUAUUAUCAACGACGUUAACAGCGACCGCUUCCUGGGCCGGAUCAUCUUCACACUCAGCAUCGGGAAGUAGCCACUGCAAACACCGGGCACUUAGGUUAAGUUAAUCAGAGGCUUUUUCCUUCUUAAAGCAUAAAGCCAGCAUUUUUUUUCUGCUAGAAAAAACAGGCACAUGGAGAUUUUUGUUAAUUUAUUUUUGUUCAUAGUUAGGAAACAAAUGAGAUGUAAUGGAGCUUGGAACCACAUUUUUCAUCAUCUGAUGUAAAUCAUUAUUAGUAAAAAUUAAAAGUUAUCUAAUGGGCAGAGAACCUGCAAAAGCAUUUCAGUUUUUAUUAAAGAAAAAGCCCCUCUGAUAUCUGAACACUAUUCUCCUAAGGUCUUUUACAAGUGACCCCUGUGGAACGCAUUUUUCCUGCUUUAAAUUUUAAUCUUUACUAUAGUUUUAUGUGCAUUUCUCUGGCAAAAGCUGACAAGGGGGUAGUUUAUUAGCACAAAUCUUAAAACAAAGCAGUUAAAAUGGCAGAUCUCAAAACGCCUCCUAAGACCGUCAGCACCAGGAGCAUCUUGACUGCAGCAUCUUCCACAGCUCGUUCAGCACACCCAAGGUGUUGGAGCCAAGGAAAUGUAGAAAAUCACUUGCCUUUGAACCUUUCCAACUGUUCCUUUCUGAAGUGGGAAGAUUAAUGCAUUUCUCCCUCCUCCUCCUCACUCCAGCGCUUCUCUCCGCCCCAGGAAUCCUCAUCAAGUCCAUAGCGCCCGGACAAAGGAAAGGCAGAGUGCUCUUCUCUCUUUAUUGCAGUUUGGCAGCUCCUCCUGCCCCCUGUUCAGGCACAGAAGUGCCAGUGAAACCUGUGAGACCCCCUCCCCAAAUAUUUCGGGCCUGUUGUUCCAUGUUCCGGAGAGGUCACAGCUAUAACGUUGCAGAAAACCACAGGAAAACGCUUAGUCUUUUCAUCACUAGGGGUCAAUGCUGGUAUUAGUGAAGUCACCACCCUGUCACCCUCAAAGACGGAUGGAGCACCCUUGCCCCUGCGAGCACAGAGAGCCACUGACCCCGAGCACACGGGGACACGAACACGCGAACCCCGCUCUGCGUGUGACCGGCCAGGAGGACACAGGACACCUCAGGAUAAUGCACUAGUUGGGAAGCACACUUACUAAAAUUACUGACUGGCUGAACAGGAGCAUUACGGCUUGUCCUACAUCCUAGUCCAGGUACUUAAUCUGCCAUCAUUUCCUGAUCUACAUAACUCUUUAAGAAGUCAUUUUUUUGUAUUAAAAAUAAAGCGACUGCAGUAAAAUUAA